ACAGACAGACAACACAGCUGGUGUCUGCAGACAGGGAAAGAGGUACAGCUACUUGCAACAUCCAAACAGUGGACUAUUACUUGACACCAAUAUUACAUUCUCUGUGAAUUUCCCUUUAAAAACGGCGCAAAAAAGUAAGUGAUCUUAAUGUUUUAAGGAUUUAAAAGGAUUAGUACAGAUUAGAGUGAUACUGGACUGUAUGGCAGUAGCCAAUCCGUGCCCCAACAAAGAGUGGGAGGAAUGGUAGAGAGAGAUGGAGGUGAACAGGAAGAUGAAAUUGUGGGAGAGGGUGAGACGUUGGUCUAAAGCAGUUGAGGAGUGUGAGGAGGUGGAUGAGGAAGAAGAAAAAGAGGUGAAGCAAGCAGAGGAACUGGAAGAAGGGGAACAAGGGGCAGAAAGGGAGGUUAAGGAGAACAAAAGGGGGGAUGAGGAGGAAGGCAAUGAUGCAAAGGAAGCUAAGCAGCAAAUUGGACAGUAUCACCUGGAAGAGCAAGCAGAACAUUCAGCGGACGAGGAUGUAGAUAAUAAUGACGAAGAUGUGGUGAAGAUUUACUGCAAAGCUAAUUAUGUCACAGUUGUAUUCAACACCUUGACAGAGUUCAGGAACUCCUCUCUUCUCACUGACCUUACUUUGAGCACAGAGGAUGGGAACAGUUUUUUUGUACACUCCCUUGUCCUGGCUGCUGUCAGCUCCCUUAUCCGGGGAAGUCUGAGUAGAAUCAAUGUAAAAAACAGUAGAUAUGAUAAAAGAAAAGAUGAAGGACUCCGCAGGUGGUCCCUGUCUUUGGGUCCAGAAGUGGAUAAUGUUGGAUUAGAGGCCGUUGUGGAGUUUGCCUACACUGGUCUCAUAUCGUUUUUGAACAAGAACACUGUGCACCAGAUUAAGACCGCAGCUCAAACAUUGGGUGCCCCCAGGGUGCUGGAUCUGUGCACAGAGGAAGAGGAAAAGUCCAGAAAAACUGGUGGUCAGAAGACAGAGGGAAGAAUUUUGGCUGCAGAGCAAAUGAUGAUCAGUCUUAAGUCCAUCAAACAGCUGUGGAUUGACAGAGAGAGCUGUGACGUCAUUCUGGAAGCUAUCGGAGGUUCGCUUCACAUCCACAGAGUCAUCCUGGCUAUGGGGAGUGACUACUUUCGCAGCAUGUUCACCUUAGGGAUGAGGGAGUCCCAUCAGUCCUGUGUGACCCUUCCCUUCCUAUUGGCUUCAGAGCUGGAGCUUCUGAUUGACUGCUCCUACAGUGGGGCUAUCUCCCUCAGCUGGAAGUGUAUCUUCGAGAUCACCAGCACUGCUCUGCAGCUCCAGUACCAACCCGCCCUCUCCUUGUGCCUUAACUUCCUGCAUCAAGAAAUAAAUCCUCACUCCUGCCUGGAUGUGGCAUCUUUUGCUGAGGCCUACGAGACAGUGCAGCUUCUUGAAGCUGCAGACGAUUUUGUCUUGCGGCAAUUCCAAAAGGUGGCACGCACCUCAAAGUUCAAGGAUCUGCCAGCCAAAAAGCUCCUGAAAUACCUGAAAAGUCACUUGCUCUGUGUUCCAUCUGAGCUUGUUGUAUUCAAAGCAGUGGUGGCAUGGAUCCAAGCAAAGCCUAAGACAAGGCUGAAGCUUACCAAAGACCUAAUGAAAACCAUCCAUUUUCCCCUGAUGACAUUCGAGGAAUUCCAAGAAGUCCAAUCUCUGAACAUGUGGUCUGAUUACAGCCUGGCAAAGCUCUAUGAAGCAAUUUUUGAGGAAUUCUGCUCUAAUGAGACUGACUACAGUCAGUGCCGCAUCUAUCUGCCGAAAGAGAGUCUGAUCUUAAUUGGAGGUGACCAGACCUCUGAAGACAAGGGUAGCCGCAGCAUCAGCAGAGAACUCUGGUUUGGGAAUUCAUUAAGGAACCAUCUAGGCAUAAAAAAGGCCAUGGAAUGGAGAAAGUUGGGAGAGAUGCCAGACCCAGCAAGGUACAGUCAUGAGGUGUCUGUGCUCAGAGGACAACUGUACGUGUUUGGUGGCAAGAACUAUUAUGGCACCAACGACAUCCUGAACUCUGUUUACAGGUAUGACCCCCUUCAAAACAGCUGGGAGAGCCUAGCUGAAAUGCAAGAAAAGAGAUGCUCUUUUUCCGUGGUUGUCCUGGAUGAGAAGAUAUAUGCCAUUGGUGGAUAUUGUGAACCACACUAUUUAGAGAGUGUGGAACGAUACUGCCCUGUUGCAAACUCUUGGAGCUUCACCUCGCCCUUGGAUAUGCCUCUGAGUGCCCAUGUAGCAAAAGUUUUCCAAGGACAGAUCUUUGUCUCAGGAGGGCUAAGCAACCAGUACCAAUGUCUUGCAUCCAUGUUAUUGUAUCACCCAGAGACAGGAAGCACUUAUUUAGAAAACAUGGCUAAACCUCGAGCUUAUCACUGCAUGGAGACGCUGGGCAAUUGUCUUUACGUAGCAGGUGGAAUCGCCACAGACACUGUUGACCAGCUAGCUUGUGAGGUCUACAAUCCAGAAGCUGACUCAUGGACUGCCUUUACAUCACUGCCAGUGCCACAUGUAGGAGCAGGAAGUGCAGUUUUGGAAGAAAAGUUUUAUGUGCUUGGUGGAUACAGCCGGGAGGACUUCAGUGACACGAAGAUAGUCCAUCGUUAUGAUCCCACUUCACAGAGAUGGGAGAGCAUGGGCAAGAUGCCUGGGCCGAAUAAUGACAUACGAGCGGCUCUGCUGUGCUUGCCUUCACAUUUCCGAUUGUAAGACGUGGUGACAGGUAC